AUAACACCCGGAGCGGCGGUGGGUGUCUGAUGGGGCAAAGCAGCUGCCGCAGCUUGGACACCAGUCGCCACGGAAACAGUUCAGGUGGGAAAAAAAUUGCAGAGAAAAAGUCAUGGUGUCGUCUUCAGUGCUACUGAACGUGCUGCGCCGCAGCUGCUCCAUCGGCACCACGCGACCCUUCAUCAAUGCACGGCGGUCGGCAGAACCUGCCAAAGCUUUAGAGCAGGUCGGCGGGGCUACGUCAGGGGUGAUGGGUGUGCGGCGGGCCAGCGGAUCAGUCUGUCUGGACAGUGACCGCUUGGUGACCUGGGACUCGUUUGGCAUCUGGGACAACAGGAUCGAGGAGCCAAUACUGCUGCCCUCUAGUGUGAGAUAUGGAAAACCAGUUCCACAGGUCAGUCUGUCCCGGGUGGGCAGUGCGUCGGUUCAGGGUCACAGGAAACAGAAUGAGGACCGUCUCCGCGUGGCCCGUAUCCAUGACAACCUGCUGUACUUUGCCGUGUUUGACGGCCACGGCGGCCCACACGCCGCCGACUACUGCUACACGUUCAUGGAGAAAUUUAUCAGAGAUGCUUUGGAGGAAGAAGACGAUCUGGAAAAAGUUUUAAAGAAAGCGUUUUUAGAUGCAGACAAAAGUCUUCACACACACCUGAGCUACUUCAAUGCAGCCUCCUUCCUGACCGCUGGCACCACGGCGACGGUUGCCAUGCUACGUGACGGUGUGGAGCUGGUGGUCGGGAGCGUCGGCGACAGUCGGGCCAUGUUGUGCAGGAAGGGAGGAGCCAAGAAACUCACCACAGACCACACACCUGACCUGAAGGACGAGAGACAACGGAUCUACAGGUUUGGGGGCUACGUGGCGUGGGACAGCGCGGGUCAGGCUAACGUUAACGGGCGCCUCGCCAUGACACGCAGCAUUGGUGACUUCCACUUGAAAAACAGCGGCGUCAUCGCCGAGCCUGACACGCGGCGAGUCAUGGUCCGGCACGCCAACGACUCCUUCCUCGCUCUGACCACUGACGGCAUCAACUUCCUGCUGAGUGACCAGGAGGUCUGCGAUGUCAUCAACCAGUGCCAGGACGCCACAGAGGCGGCAGACGUCAUCACUCAGCAGGCGCUGCAGUACGGCUCUGAGGACAACGCCACCGCUAUCGUCGUACCGCUCGGAGCGUGGGGGAAGCAACCGAGCUCCGCCGCCGCCUACAGCGUGAGCAGGAACUUCCUUUCCAGCGGGAGGUGGGCGUAGACAAUGGCAUUGAGCCAUUUUGCACUACUUUUUACAAAGGGGGGGGGGGGGGCACUAAUGAGCCAUUUUGCACUACAAAGUACCCUUAAGUUCUAAUUUGCGUGUCAAUUUUUGUCCAUUUUCAGCAACAUUUAGUGCUUCAAAAAUGCGAUUCUUUAGGGAAAAACAGCUAGCGACAGUUACAUUAGCUUAAACAGAACGUAUAUGUCACACUUAGCCACCAGGGGGCGACUCCACUGCUUAUAAAAACAAUGUCGUUUGAAUAUAAACAUCUAUUUUUAUGUGCAGCUGAUGAGCCGCAAGCGAACUGUGGUGCGUCACAGGAAUGUCCCGCCCUCCCCGGCACGGGGUGGGGGGCGUGAUGAGGCGUUCGGGUAUCGGUGGGUAAAUAUAGACGGGACUUCAUGUGACCACAAGGUGGUGUGACUGGAGUGAAGAGUGAAGUGGUGACACACACAAACUUGUGUGUUGUUAUUGUUAUUAAAGUCAGUUUUUUUUAAUACACGGAUCAAUAAUCACUUUAACCACUCAAUUAAAAGCAAGUUUGUGAAUAAAUAUGAAAACAAAUCAAAGUCAACAUAGA